AUGCUUCAGGGUUCCCGUAAGCCGAAGUCGCGGUCGGUCUCUCCCCGUUCUUCUUCCGCUAACAGGUCCGCGGGGGGUGGCGGUACGAGUUCGGGGCCCGGGCCGCAACGGGUCCGCGGCGGCGGUGGCGGUGGCGGUGGCGGUGGCUCUGAGGUAGGAGCGGUGCCAGCUCGCUUGUCCGGGAGAAAGAGAGGCGCGGCGAAGCGCGAGGGAGCAAGUGCCAAUGGUGUGGCGGAGCCACUGGCGAGGUCGGCGUCGAAGGGCAUUGUGGCGAAGGCAGAGAGCGAGUCGCAGACGAGGCUAAGGAAGAUGGCCGCAAAAGCACCGCCGGAGGAAACGGACGGGGCGGCUGCGUCUGACCAUGAGAAGGAGCGGCCGGCCGCGAUGUCGAGUCAAGACACGGGCGAGACGGCCGGCAAGCUUGGCGCCCCCGCGAAGGAGGAUAUCGGCGUCGAAGAAGCAAGGCCGGGCGCAGCAGCAGACUGCCAAAGCUCGUGCGCCGUUGCCGCAGCGCCGACGAUGGACGUGGAGGAGGAGCAGGGCAGGGCCAAGCGGCAGCGCACGGAAGACGGAGUCGAAACACACCGGGACCACGAUCCUGCGAAAAGCCCCGACAACGGUGAUGGUGGCGCCGCCGCUUCCCCGGCCCCAUCACGCCGCCUCCCAGGGCCCGAAGUGGACACGACCGGCGGAGGGAAAGUUGCAGAAGCGGCUGCUGACGGCGACGACAAACGAGGCGGACAGCGGCGGCGGCAGCAGCGAUUCAGACGACGAGUACCCGGAGGGCAUCGUGGGGGACCACUGGCCGCAUCCUCCCUGCGAUCUGGAGGCGGAGAUCGGGGGAGGGGUGGCAAUGGCACCGGGCAAUUGCUCCAAGCGUCCUCAACGCGGGGUUUUGUGGUGAUGUUCGAUUCGACACAGAGAGCGGGGUAGAACUCCAAUCGAUAGAAACCGCCGUUUGGCGAUUUCGCCCUGGCCGCCGAGAAAGGACAGGGGGGGUGAUACGAGUGGACGGGCUAAGCGCGUGGUUCGGGAAUGGGGGCACCGUAUAUCGUGGGGCGGAGGCGUGUGUGUGUGCGAUAUGGUCUGCGGUGGCUUUCGUGUUUCGCACGCGGUCGCCCAGAAUAGUUGAGCUCGAGGGAGCUAGCGUAGCCGUCGCUCAGCAAGGAUCUCGGUGAUAUGGCUGGCGAUGGUGCGGCUGUCUGCGGGGACGCCGUCGCCCGACCGGUCCGGUCCAUCCAGCGGAAGGAUCCGUAGAUGGGUCGAUGAUUGGUUGGCGGCUGGAGCAGCUGUUGUGGUCGCUAGUGCGUCUACGAGCAGGACGCUGGUGUUGAAGGCCUGAGUCGGACGGGCGGCUGGUCGGAAGCGUGGUGUAUGGACCAUGAUAGGCUCUGUCGGAGGACGUGCUUGUGAUGGAGGCCGAGUGCAAUGGGGAUAUUGUUGGCGGAGGCGCCCGCGAAAACAAGAGUAUGGCCUGUUUUUCGGUGGAGAAGGAGAGUAUAGUGCAUUCCACGAGUCCUUGUUUUAGACAUUCUGGUGGUACAUGUUUUCGGCUUGUGUUUUUUCGAUGGUGGUGCUGGCAUCAAGCCGCGAGUGAACAAUGCGACUUGGCGGGAUAGUGGGCGUUGCCCCGGAACAACUCCGUGACAUUCCGGACAGAAAGUACUCCCGCGCAAUAGAUCCAUGCAUUUUUUUCCUUGUUUAUUUGAGGGGACAUGUUAUCCGUGCUUGUUUUUACUGUUGUAGUCGUAGACAGCUGUGCUUUGCAGGGCUUAUUACGCCGUCUUCCUUUCUCUAGCAAUAGCAGAUAGCGCUACAUGGAACCUUCGUUUUGUUUUCCUCUUUUUUUUUAACAAGUGAGUAUCAGCCCGCAUUACGCAGGGAUUUGCUGUUCAUACGAUGAGCCAGUCGCCCCGGUGGCGUAGACAGGUGGUGUGCGACCUCGAAAAUUGUGUGAUGGCUAUGUCGGGAGUUCGAACCCAGGCGAGGCGUGUGGUAGGUCUGCGUGUCGCACCUACUACACUCCCGCAGUGCUUGUUUGUAGGUGGCACAUUGUAGGUGAGCGUAGGGCGAGGGCGGCGGCUGAACCCUGCUGGUCGCGAUAGACCAUGGUUGACGUUAUGUAUACCUUCAUUAAACACGAGCAAGGCAUGCGCGUUCAGGGGGAUUAUUCUUCUCCGUGGUAUGACUCCGGAUAGGAUUCCGGGAGAGGACUGACUGGCGUUAAGGUACUUGGAAAUUUCGAGCGAUGGGUAACAAGCGGAACGCGGCAAGAAAAAGAAGGUAUGAUACAGUAGUAGUAGGCAGCACUACGCAGGGCUUUUGUGCUGUUUCCCACCGCUUGGGUGCCUGAUUGGGGUCUGCUGCCCAGGGGUAUUUGGGCAGCUCGUGGCAUCAUUUGGACUAGUGGGGUCCUGUUGUGGAUUUGAGGAACGUGUGCAUGUGGGCGAAUGCGGGCAACGCUCCUGGCGGGGAGUGGUGUGCUUUUUGCCAGUUUUUUCUAGGGGGAGGGGCGGCGGGGUACGGGAAAGGCGAGGUACUGGCGGUUUAUUUUGGCGGACGGCUUGAACGAUUCUCUGUUCUGUUGUUGUUGUCGUCACUGCUGAUGUGCCGCAAGACCACGACACUGGUUUUUGGACGAGCUUGACAAAGGAAAGCGGCGGGCGGGGGGGGGGGGUAUGCGCCACCCAUCGUCCAAGGAUCUUGGGUCGUGCCUGGUUUUUGCAAUUCCGCCGCAGGCGUGUUGACCAAUCAGAGAAUUGCGUGCCACAAAACCUGUUGUCUUGCUAGUUUGGCAUCUGCACCCUACAUUUUUACCCCGGGGAGGGGGGGGGUUGGCUGGUCCUCGCCCGAGCACAUCCAUGCACGCGGGUAGUGGGAACCUGUGUGGUGUUUGCCAGCACAACAGUAUGCGCAGCCUUCGAGCAACAACAGAACCCACAGCCUCUUCGGCCUGGUUCCUUGUUUCAGCAUAUCAUACACAGGUUGGUUGAAUUUUAGCUGCGGUCCUAUUAUCGCAUCGUGUCUAAUUAUGCAUGGGCUCAUUUUUUUGUACACAUGGAAUGUUCGUUGUAUGUCUUCUGUGAGGUAGGCUACCUUGUAGACUGUAGAUGUACUGUGUUUUGAUUGUGUGAUUUAGGUUUGGCCUGAUUUUAUCCACCAGCGGACCUAUGAACGGAGGAGGGCGGGGUGGGUGAUGCCAUUGAUUUGAUGAUGUGGUGUGUUCGGUGGCGUUCGCCUGUGGUCAUUUCGGGCAUGAUUUUUGGGUCUGAUUUAAUUCCAUACCGCGUUCUGUUCACGGUUGUCUCAAUUUCACAGGAGUAUUAAAUGCCUGUACCGUGGUAUCCAUUCGUAUGCCAGCAACGGUACAUGUGGGCGGUAGUAAUCUCCAUGCAUUUUCGUAAAAUCUUGUUGUGGCGGAGGAGGAGAGGAAAAAAGGGGCGGGUGUGGUAUGGAGAGCGAGAAAGGGACGAACCAACGAACAAGCAAGGCGUUUUGG